UUUCGAAACGGCAUGUGGCAGGUUUGUGGCACGGCAAAUGAAUGCGAAUUCAGUUUUGUUUCGACCAUCGUGCGGUAAGGAAGUUCUAACGGGAAAAUUGCUAGUCAAAGCUAAAAAACCAGCAUAGUGUGGUAAACACUUAAUGUAGCUUGAAGCUUGUGGCGUGUGUUAAGCAAAUGAUAAAAACUAACUAAAUGCAAGUCUGCAAAUAAUGAGUUAAAAACUGCAAUAAAAAAUGAAAGAAACUACUUAAGCGUUAAGUUCGUAAUACCCGCGGGAGGCACACACCUACCGUAUUUAAUUCUAUUAGCGCUCGGCAAUUGAAUAUUUGCAUAAAAGCCUUUUUAUGAACACGACGCACAGGAAGUAAAUGUGCAAAAUAAAGAAUAAUAUAAAAACAACAAAAAAGUGCACAUACAAAAUAAAACUUUAAAACCGGCGUCAAUAAAGUGUUUUCGGGGACGCACACGCUCGUAAAAACUCAACUACAUUAAAAAUACAAAUAAAAAAGUUUUAAGGCAAAAACAAACACAAAUGCAGAGUUGGAUGUGAGUGUAAAAACACGAAGGAGUGUACGUAAGCAAAGAAAAAUAAAGCAAAAGCUGCAGAGACAUAAAACACACGCACACAACGACAGCCAGUCAGAGUUGCAGGAGUCACGCUCCGGCGCCGCGGCCGCCCACUAGGCGUGUUAAUCCUUCGACAGCGACAGAGCAGCUGAGUUAAGUGACAGAAAGCAGCGGCUUUUAAUGGCACGUAAAUAAUGGAAAAGACCUAUAUGUAUAUAUAUAUACAUAUAUAUAUCAUAUAUACAAUGCAAAAGUAAAGCGAUAAAAGAAUAAAAUCCGCAAAGCUGCAAGAAGUAAAAAGUUCCGCUCUCCGCAGUAAAAGCGCGCAAAUAAAAAUUACACAAACAAAAUCAUAUUAAAUACAAUAAAAAAAUUUUAAUUUCCGGGAAAUAAAAUUUAUAAAAGCUGAAAGUCACAACAGCACGAGCGCAAACCGUUAAUAAAUGGUCCGGCUGCGGAUUUUCACUUUUCGCGCGCUUAUUUUGUUGGCCGCCGCUCACAAUUAAAAAUGGCUUAACACAGCAGCCAGCGCCUGCACGUGUGUGUGUGUUGGUGUUUAUCGAAUUUUCAUGUUCGGUGCGCGCGACCCGCGUACUAUUGCUGCUGUUGUAAUUAUCGAAUAGUUUGUGACAUUUCGGAAAAGUUGUGAAUCACAGAAACAAAGUGCCGGGAAAAGCAACAAAAAGUAAACACAAAAACAAAAAAUAUCGAAAAUACAAAUUACAAAAACAAAAACUGUUGUGAAUGAAAAUGUGCAUGAACACUGUGAGAAAAGUGCAAAAAUAAAAAUCCACAAAUGUUGCUCAGCUGUAAUCAGUGUCAAAGUUUUUAGUUUCGCAAAAAGAGACCAGCUGGAAGAUACAUAUCUCCUCACUGACGAAGGAUAAAACGAGCGCUGAGUGUUCAGUCGACUAUUCCCAUGCAAACUUCAUCACGAGGACACCGACUAACGGACAAACUACAACGAAAAUGCUGAUAUUGCUGCCGCUGUUGGGUGUGUUGUUUAACGGUCUCACAACAGCGCAUGUUGAGGCGAAUUUAAGCUUGGAAUUUAAGGCUACAAAGCUUUUGAGGCAACACAAUCCUGCUAACUGUACGGUUGGCAAUACAACAUAUGCACAUGGACAGACAUUUAAAUUGGAUUGUAAAACACAAUGUGUCUGUGAGAACGGACGUCAUGCCUGCUCGUCGCUCUGUCCGAAGGAGCAGUUGCCAGCGCCGGAGGACACGAUUUCCUGCAGAUCGCCUCGCCUGGUGGAGGUGCCGGGACACUGCUGCAAAAUGUGGCUGUGUGAGAAUCCCACAGCUGAUGUAUACGCCACCUGCCACAAUGCCUCGACCAGCCCGUGGACGCCGUGCUCGCAGCCCUGUGGCCUUGGCAUUUCGACGCGCUUCGCCAGCACGAACGCUGGCUGCCGGCAAUUGAGCAGCUUGCGAUUGUGUGAAAAUCGCAAAUGUGAUCAGGACAAUAACAACAGUAACAACAACAACAAAAACUAUUUACUACCGCCACAAGAGGCGCAGCUGUUGGUGCAAAAAGCCACAGCACAACAGCAGCAACAACAACAGCCGACAAAGCAUGCGCACGCAGAGCAGCAACGGCAACAGCAACAGCAACAAAAACAAUUAAUUAGCCAUAAUGUGGCAAACAAUUUAGUUGUAAGUGAGCCUAAGGAUAUUAAGGAUAUAACAGAUUACCAUGCCACAUUGUUCGCGGCGCAUGAGGAGCAUCGAAUACGCAAAGGACACGAGUGUCGCAGCUUACAACGCCUUGGACCGGCACGCAUACGUUUGGGCGCUUGCAUUUCACGCAAGCUUUACCGACCGAAGCUUUGCGGACUUUGUCAUCAGCAUUCGGGCAAAUGCUGUCGGCCUUCGGUCUCAACAACUAUACAGGUGGAACUGCUAUGUCCACUGAACGCCGAGGAUCCCAUCAGCAUUGCCGAACAACAGCAGCCGCCGAAAGGGCAAGCGCCACUUCAACUCUGGGACACUGUGUCGCUGGAGCCAAUCGAUCAGGAAUUCCUGCAAUCACAUCAAAUACAAAUCGAAAAUAAGUUCAUUGCAGUUGAAUGGAUUUUAAAGUGCGAGUGCGGCAAAUAUGAAAAUUGCAACAACCUGCACAAAUACACGACAACAAUGCACAAUGGCACCAGCAAUAGCCACAAAAGCGCACAACAAGGCAGCGGCAGCAGCAGCGACAACAAUAGCAACAGCAGCAGCAGAAAUACCGUUAGUAGCUGGCGCGCAAGUGCCACUCUUAGUGACCGCAAAAAUAAUAAAAAUGUGGUGACAAAUAUUAUCAGUGAAACGGCACGCAAUAACAAUGACUAUGCGUACAACAGCAACAAAAAUAAUGGCAAUAACAAGAGCAACAACAAGAAUAACAAUGCCAGCAUAAGUGGCGGUGGCAAUAACAUGGGAAACAUGGCAAACAGCGACGAGCAAAACAUUGCGACGAACAAUGACAGUGAUAAUCGCUAUGUACAACAACAACAAGAACAAGAGAAACUACAGCAACAGCAGGAAGAGGAAGAAACCUCACAGCAAGGGCAUUUAGUGUCGUCGUCGGGUGAGCUGCAACCAGACAUUAUACCGUAUCCGGCCAUGUUGCCGCCACACCGCAGCAAUCCAGUGGAAAAAACCGACCAGAGAGACCGAGCGAAUAACAACAGCAACAACAAUGGCAAUAACAUUAACAGCAACUAUGCACAGGGACAGGAUGGGGAGGGCGGUAAUAUGGACACAAUUGACAGCAAGCGUGCGAACAGUGAACUCAACAGCAACAACAAUAACAAUAUGCGGCGCGCGGAAAGUGUUGCCGGAGCAAAUAAAAGUAAAGCUGCUGCCGGUUUCGGUUUUUAUAGCCGUGACGGCGAUGGGAGCGACGAUAAUAGUGCCGUUACCCAGAGCAAGCGCGUCGAAAAGCCGAACGAGCACGACGUAGAGCAGCAAAACACACUUGAGGAGGAGCAACAACAAGAAGAUCAACAACUGAUGCAGUGGAAGUUUGAGAAAAAUUUGCAUUAUCAGCAGCGGCAGUUUGCAGUGCCAACAGAGCCAGACGCAAAUUGGUCACCACAUUACACACAUCAUCACCACCAACCGAACAAUCGUCAGCAUCAUCACCAUCACCAUCACCAGCAACAUCAACACCAACAUCAUCUACACCAUCAGCAGCAUCAUCAACAGCAUGAGACGCAUUCACAGCCCCAGCUGCAGCAACAACAUCUUUGGCUGGAACAGCUGGGCGAACAGCAGCACCAACGACAACAACAGCAACCUGAGUUGCAUGCGCUACGCCAACGCAGCACAUAACAACGCAGACGAGCACCACAAAUGCACCGUCAACGGUGGCCGCCACGCAAAGGACGCGGCAAGAGGAAAAAGACCAACCAGGGAGCGAAACGACGCAGCCACAGCGGGACAAUAACGGCGAGGGACGUAGCUGGUGGUGUGUUUGCGAUGGGCACACAAGUGGGCACUUCAUAAAUAAAUUGCGGCGGCAAACUGAUAAACCGGUGUAAAAACAACAAAAUUAUGCGACGCGUUGCAGGCAAAAAGUCCAGGAGACUCUUUACGGCAAAUGAAUGUAAACAACAGCAACAACAAAUAAGCAAUGAAAUAUGCGAGCGUGUGUAUGUGGGUGUGUAUGUGACACGAAUAUCGAACGAAAGGCACAAAAAGGAUGAAGGUGCAACAAUAGCACCAACAGCACGCACCAGCCGACAGUCGAGGAGUUAGUAGUGUACAUUGGCAGGAUAAAGGCAUACCGACAGACAGACAGACUGUGAUACAGCGACGCACCGGCGGAUGAACACUCAAAGCGACCGGCAACAACCGUUGCAAUUUUUGCAUAUCACAAAGCAAAUAAAUUUUUAAUUUCCCGCGCCUCACCAAAAAAUGCCAUGCAAUUUUUUUCGGACAAAGUGUAAAACACAGUUGCAACAACAAUAAUAACAAACAGUUUUGGAAAAGAAAGAGGAGUAAAACGAAAGGGAACAAGUUAUCGUGUAAAAGUUGUCGCAACAACGGACAGACAACACAACCGAACACCAAAGCAAAUAAAUUGACGAAAUUACAGAAAAAAGAACGAGAAAUAAGCCGUGUGCUCAGCGUUAAGUUUACAUCUGUUCUGUGUCACCACUUUUUCUGCUUCAAAUUUUCAGUGUUUUAUGAAGUUCGUUUUGUGUUGUAGAACGACAUAUACAUAUGUAUAUUAUAAAAAAAUUGUGGAAACCGGGAGUUUUGGAGAUUACACAGCAUAUUGAUAAAGCUAAAAACCCAGAGAGUCUUGUUUCUAGUGGUAAUAUUAAAAUCAUUACCCCGAAUAUACAAAUAUCUGGAAACACUCAGCCCAGUACAUAUUCCAUUUAACGAAUUAAAACAUCUAAAAAGGAAUCUAGUUCUGGGACCAUGCAACCCCGUCAGCGUCGAAUAUGUUGAGCAUAUCUAAAAUGAGCAAAGGAAUUGGUUUCUAUCUUAGACUUGUGAAUACUCAGCGAGUUUUGAGUUUUAGUGAAAAAUAUCACAAACUUUAGUGACCAACCUUUUCUUUCCACUUCCGUUUCCUUCUUACACAGUAUGUAAUUAUAUUCUCCAUUCGACCUCAAUAAGAAACAUAUCCUCCAACAAAAACAGAAACUUACAUAUCUUAACUGCUAACUGUGAGUUUUUUUAUACAAAUUACAUUUCUAUUAUAGAAAAUGAUGUUUACUUUUUUUCUUUUAACUUGUGAGUAAUAUGACGGCACUUAAACUUCAUAUGCGGUGUAUAAAAUUUUUUAACGCCUUAUACAUUGUGACAAAAAAGUAACCGGAAAUUGUAAAUAAAACGCAAAAUAUUUAAUUAUUUAUAACUAUUUAUGUUUUCGCCUUCAAAGUAAUCCUCACCAGUUAAAACACAUUUAUUCCUACGAUUUUUCCUCGAAACACCUUUCAUAAGCCCUUUAUAGGAUGGAUGUCAGCUCCUUUAACGAAAAUUGUUUUAUCUCUUUGAAUGACUGAAAACGGGUUCCAUUCCGAUGAUCGCUGACUUGUGCAUGGCAAACUCAUAAACCCAUGUCUCAUCAGCAGUUGUAAUUCUCUCGAUUAAUGUGGGAUCGGAAUUCGUACGAUCAGGCAUAUCCAAAGCGACCUGUUUACGGAACGCUUUUUGAAAAAAGUUAACACUUGCCUGACAAUUUUCAAGCACCAUAUCCUUCACCUUUUUAAUAUUACCAUCAGUUGAAGAGGUCGAAGAUCGUCCAGAACGAGCCGUGUCUUCAACGAUCUCUCUACCGUUUUUGAAGCCUUUGUAGGCACUCGCAGUCUUGUGUUUUUGAUAAAACAGAAUCACCGUAAUUCUUUUCCAACAUUUGCAAUGAUUCCACACACGAAAUUUGGUUAGAAAUACAAAAUUUGAGACAAAUUCUUUGUUCGAUAUUUUUAUCCAUUGUAAAAAUCGCAACACACUCCUGAGAUGUACCGAUUUAAGCAACGCUGUAAAAAAACUGAUUAAAAGAUCGCGCUCACAUUUGGAUAAUAAUAUAUUUUGAGUGGUUUUUUGUAACAAUAUAAAUGGCGAGGCGAGACAGAGAGAGGAAGAGAGAAGGGUAUGAGCAUAACCUUAAAAUAAUACACUUUGGUCUCCAAAAAGAUUGGUUUGCAACUCGAAUAGUGUAGUUUUUAUUAUCAUAUGCGCAGAUCAAAAGCCGAUCACACUUCAUUGCUUGUUCGUGAAUUCUUGUCCUAAAAGAAUACUGUAACGAUGCCACAGCCUCCAUAUUCGCGAGACUUGACUCAGUGUGACUUUGUCUAUUUUCAAAAUUAAAGAGAACCUUAUAGGGCCGUCGUUUUACACGAUAGAUGAAAAUUGCUGAAGAAGCUGAAUGUUAUCCAAAAGUUCUUCGACGAUUUGAAGAAGCGCUAUCAUAAGUGGUUAAUAUCGAAUGGCCACUAUUGUGAUGGCGACAAGAAUCCUAUAGACGAAAGAAUAUUUUUUGUUUUCAAAAAACGGAACACACCUCUUUGGUUAUAUACAGAAAACUAUUUCAAGUAUAUGUGCUCUCCCGCGACAUGCGAUGUGCUCAUACUGUUUUUUCAUUGAUUAAGCGCAAAAAGAGGAAAUGAUUAUUUGUUGGAUCUGAAUAUACAGAAUGAAAGCAGAAAUCGGUUGGGUGAAUAUAAAAAUAAGCUAAUUUACUACAAAUACACAAAUAACUGUAUUUUGUUACACAUGUGUGUACGUGAUAAUUCGAAAAUUUAUAUAAAACCAUAAGUACUAAGCGAAGAUGUAUAAACAUUAAUUGAAUAAAAAGAGAAAAGGAAAAGAAAAAAUAAUAUUAUUUAUAAGUGGAAACGCAACUAAAAAAAAAUAAAAAAUAAUAUUAAAAUGCACAAAACAACUAAAAAAGAAGUAAAUAUUUUUGCGAGCAAGCCUAUACAUAAACAAUUGAAACACUAACAACACUAAGCUAAUUAAAUAAAUAUAAGCGAAACAAAUAAAACUAAAAGCAGCAAAUUUAAAUAUAAAAUAACGCCAAAAUAAAAACAACAAAAAAAAAAAAAAAAAAACCAAAUUUAUGUAGUUGCAAGUUAAGAAAUAAGUCUAAGAUAACUGUAAAAACGAGUAGUGAUAAGUAAGAAUAUUGAAAACUAAAAUUUAAUUAGAUUCGGUAAACACACAUACAUCAAUUAGAAAAGGAGAAACCAAAUGGAAUUUUCUCUUACAACCAGCCGAGAGCUGUUGGCCUGCAAUUUGAGCGUAAACUGAUCUAAAUUGUCUAAACGAAAAUUGUAAAUGCAUUAUAAGAGCAACAACAAUUGCUAUUGAAAAUGAAUUGUAUAAACGUUAAUUAUAUAUUUGUAUGUAUGUAUAAGCAUUAUAUGUAUUUAUAUUGUACAUGUAUUGGCAAUGUAUUCAACGUAUACACUUACAUACAUAGACAACUGAUUUUGAGAAGCCGCUGCUUGUGGUCAAACAGAAAAAAGUGAGAGUUUUCAAAUUCAUGUAACAGAAAGAGAGGGAUAGCAAAUAGGCAAAACAAAAACAA